GGAAGAUGAUCCGUGAUUAUUCAUACUGCGACCCCCGCCCCGCCGCUUGCUCGCUGUCAACCUGUUACAUUGCGAGUUUGCAUUGACACACGUUUGUACAAUCCAAAGUUCUCAUGGAGAACAGAACAACUUCAACAAUGACCAAAUAUGAAGAAGACUAUACUUCUUUGCUUUAUUCACGGCUUUAAAGGAGGAGAUGAUACUUUUGGAUCCUUUCCUGAACAUCUUCGAGCUCUCGUAAGCCAUGGCCUCCCAAAAGUCAAGGUUCGUGCGAUCACAUAUCCACAAUACGAAACUCGUGGAGAUUUGGGGGAAUGUGUGAGCAGAUUCAGAGAUUGGCUUCAAGAAAAGGUAAUCGAUAUCGAAGUCCAAAACGGAACACCUUCUCCAACCGUCGACCCUUCAGUUCGCACGAUACUUAUUGGUCAUUCCAUGGGAGGAAUCGUCGCUGCUGAUACUGCACUGUCAAUCACGUCCGAUAAGGCGAUAGAUUCGAAAGAAACUACAGAUGCAAUAAAUGCUUUUAUGUUUCCAUAUAUUCAGGGCGUUCUUGCAUUCGAUACUCCUUACUUGGGCAUAUCGCCAGGUGUAGUUGCGCACGGUGCUGAAGGCCAUUACAAUGCAGCUACAUCGGCCUUCGCACAAGUGAGUAGUCUGGCAGGUGCAAUAUGGGGCGAGAAGGAGGUAGACAAAACUGUAGAGGAAAAGAAACCGGUCGCAGCACUACCAGCACCACCGCCUGCGGAAGCACCUGCCUGGAAGAAAUGGGGAACUUUAGCAAUGUAUGCCGGAGCAGCAGGCGCCAUUGCUGCUGGAGGUGCAGCUGCAUACUUCAAAAAGGAUCAAAUUCAGGAAGGGUGGUCAUGGGUAGGAUCACAUCUCGAGUUCGUGGGAUGUCUAAUGAAGGGUGAAGAGUUGAAGAAGAGGGUGGCUGGGAUGGUUAAUUUAGAGAAGAAGUUGGAGGUUGGUUGGGCAAAUUUAUAUACACGGUUGGGCAAAGAGGCAGUGAGUAAAGCUGAUGGAAGCUUGGUGGGAAGUGUGAUUGGGAAUCAGAGGACAUUCUGCAAUCUACCAAAAACUAUUGCCAAGGAUUUCUUUCGAGAGGCUAUUAAUGACAAGGCCUCUGACGAAACAAGUGCGCAUAUGACUAUGUUCUUUCCAAAAGACAAUCCAGGAUAUUAUACUUUGUCUGAGGAUGCAAAGAAAUUGAUAGUGGAGUGGUCGACUAACGAGUGGUACGAAUCAAGUACAAGAGAACGCACUACAAGCACAAGAGAACGUUCUGAAAGCACAAGAGAAAGGUCUACAAGCACAAGAGAACGUCCUGCAAGCACAAGAGAGCGCACUACAAGCACAAGAGAACACCCCGAAGGCACAAGAGAAAGGUCUAUAAGCACAAGAGAACGUUCUGAAAGCACAAGAGAACGUUCUGAAAGUACACGAAAACGUUCUGAAAGCACACGAAAACGUCCUGAAAGCACAAGAGAACGUUCUGAAAGUACACGGAAAAGUUCUAUAGGCACAAGAGAAUCCUCUACUAGCACAAGGGAACGCCCUCUAGUCACAAGAAAACCUUCUACAAACACAAAAGAACGCCCUACAAUCACAAGAGAACGGUCUACUAAAGUCGAGCACGAAUUACGAUAAUGGCAAUAUGUUUGGAGUUUGAUUUUGAAUGAAAACGAGAACUGGCGUUGUUGGGUGAAGGAUACAUGGACGUCAAAUAGACAGAUUACCAGAGCGAUAUAGAAUGACUGCAUUAUCUUUCCAGAAUAAAUGAAAACUCAUGCAAUAUAUAUUCCCGGUGUAUCA